AUGGCUGUCACGGCAUCGACAACCACCAGCCAUGGCUCCGCGUCCGUCACUGUAGACUCGCUACCAAAGCUCACAGCUGUCGGCCAGCGUCUGGAGCACAUCAUAAGAUACUCGCUUGACCGGUUCCAGUUCAGGAACGCCAUCUUUCUGGCAGAGAGGCUCUACUACCACACACGCGGUACUGGUCACACGACAGAGGAACACGAAUAUGCCCAGUAUUUGCUUGCAACGUGUCAAUACAGGCAAGGACAACCUGAACUGGCAUGGGCGAGUCUCGAUGGUUGCACCUCGAUCAGGAAUCGGUACCUGUUUGCCCAGUGCUGUCUGGAUUUGAGGCGGUAUGCCGAGUGCAACGGCGUUCUGGAGUGGCUCCUGCAGGAGGCUUUACCUGCCUGUUCUGCCACUGCUCAGCAGCGGCACAAGUUGGCGAUCAAAUACUUUACGCAGGCUCUUGAAGCCAAUCCGUUUUUGUGGGAAGCGCUCGAGAACCUUUCUGAGCUUGGUUCUGCGCCGGACCCAAAUAGCAUCUUUGCAGAGUUUGACGCCACGAUCGCCAACGUCUUUGCUUCUCGACCAGUACUGGUAAUACAACGUGUCAAAUCAGCAAUGCCGAACCCACCAGCGCCACCAAUAAUCAAGCUUGAGGAUCUGCAGGAUGAAAACAUCAACGAGACAGCAACCGAGCCUUCAUAUAAUCAGAGCAGCGUCCCAGCACACGACUUGACAAAACCCAGACAAGGAUUUCUCCCGACCAUCGACACCAACAGCAUGGCCGUACUUGCUCAAAUAUCUGAGGGAAAUGGGAUCGACAAACCUAAUACCCUCCUCAGGCGAGGCACUGCAGGACAUAUGAAGAGGCCAUUCGAGCGAACCAAACAGGAACCAGCUGCGAGUGCUGUGGCGCCAGCAGUAUCAAAAGCCGAGUUACAAGAAGAGCUGGAAGCGUUGCGCAUUGUGGCCGAUACCUUCAAGAUCCUAGCGAGGGCAUAUGGCCUCUUCUCUCAAAACAAGUUCACCGAGUCUAUGGUGGAGUAUGAGUCCCUGCCGUAUGAACACCUGGCAAGCGGUUGGGUCCAAUGCCAACUCGCCAAGAACAAGUUUGAAAUGACAGACUAUACCACGGCUGCCCAGUACUUCCAGCGUGCAAGGGAGAUGGAGCCAAGUAUACACAGAGACAUGGAAAUCUACUCAACAUGCUUGUGGCACUUGAAACAGGAGAUGAAACUCUCGGCACUCGGCAAGGAACUCAAGGACUCUAACCACCACUCGCCGCAGGCUUGGUGUGCGCUCGGGAACGCCUACAGUUUACGGAACGAGAACGAUCAGGCGCUAAAGUGUUUUCAGCGGGCUAUACAAUUGGACGAUCGGUUUGCUUACGCCCACACGCUUUCUGGACAUGAAUAUAAGGGCCUGGAAGAGUACGAUAAGGCCCUAACGGAGUACCGUACCGCUUUGAGCAUUGAUGAUAGACACUACCCCGCAUGGUGCGGUAUGGGAGAUGUGUACAUCAAGGUUGGCAAGAGUGAUCUUGCACUGAUUCAUUACAAAGAGGCUCAGAGACUGAACCCGUCCAACACCGUAGUGAUUUUCCUGGUUGGCAUUGUUCAAGAGAGGAUGAACAGGACGACAGAAGCCCUGCGGUCGUUUGAGGAAGCGAUCCAUCUUCAGCCAGGGCACGCUAUGGCCCGAUUCGAAAAGGCCAAAGUGCAGAAGGAGAUGGGUCAAUAUACGGAAGCGUUGAAGGAGCUCGAUGUGGUCCAUAAGAUUGCUCCGACAGAGCCGCGGGUCUUUAUGCUCCAGGGCGAAAUUCUCCUUGAGAUGGGCGACAAGAAAGAGGCUCUGAAGAAACUGACAUGGGCGCUUGACCUUGAUAGCAAGUCGUCCCAUGCCAUUCGGGAUCUCAUCGACAAGGUCAACCAAGAUUCUGAUACGGAAGAGCAAGGCUAUGACAUCCAGCACGACUCGGAUGGAUGA